AUGCCUGCCAUCUCUCGGCAGCCAACGCGCCGCGCGGUGGACGAACUCGACGCCAUGCCCUUACUUGGUCGCCGCCCUAACACGCGACCGUCGCUGAAGCCUAAGGGUGUCAACAGCCCGGCUAACUCAACCUUGCAGCGAGACCAGCCGACGCUUCGACUGCGGCUUCAGCAGAGAUGCUUGAAACCAGAGACGUGGUGGACGUCACUUACCGCGUUUGGUGCACAUGGUGAUAUUUCUGGGCACGUGCUGGAACACGAGAAAGCCAUUGCCGUAUAA